AUGGACGGGACAGUCAUUGAGACUUACGCGUUCCUAGGUAGUUGGCCAGAUGUCACCCUUUGCGACGAGCGGCUGGUGCAAGAGCUUGGGCUUCAAGGAACUGAAAAGAGCUUCUCAUUAACGACCCAGGAGAAAAGGAACAGUCUUAAAAGGGGAUUGGAAGUAGAUUUGGUUGUCGAGGCGCUGGACGGGAGUGAGUCGUUUAACCUGCAAAACGUGUGGACAGUGAAGCAGCUUAACGUUUCCCAGAACAGUAUCGCUACACCCAAUGACAUAAAAAUGUGGCCACAUUUAGAAGGUUCUAUCUCCCAUCUAUCGAGAAAGAGGUGA